GUCAUCUCCAGCAAUUACUUCGCGCACAGACACUAGUGGGCAAUUGUGAAGGAUCCGUCUGGAGAGAUCGGAAGAAACACAUUUUGGAAACAUUUAACAUUAAUCUACAGUCUGUCAUAGACAGCGGAGAGAGGAUACAGAAUGGCACUUCUGAAGAAAAUGCGACACCUUCACCUCAGGAUACUGCCGGUCACGGCGGAGAACAGACACUUUCUGCUCCGGACUCGGGGUUUUCACAAACAUUCUACAUGCCAAUCUCUACCGGCAGUUGAGGAAAAUGUGUUGCCCGGAAACUUUUCAGCUGCAGCAGUUGGAAAAGACGGUCCACUGAAGACACUGAAAGAUAUGGCAGGACCAAGCACUAUCAGUAAUAUUAUUGAUUUCUUUUUUAGAGACGGUUUCAGUCGAAUCCAUGAAAUACAGCAGCAGCACAGUCAGAAGUAUGGAAGGAUCUUCAAGUCCCGGUUCGGACCACAGCUGGUGGUGUCCAUCGCUGACAGGGACAUGAUCGCGGAGGUGCUCAGGGCAGAGGGAGUGGCUCCUCAGCGCGCCAACAUGGAGUCAUGGAAGGAGUACCGGGACAUGAGAGGACGCGCCACUGGCCUCAUCUCAGCGGAGGGCGAGGAUUGGCUGAAGAUGCGGAGCGUCCUGCGUCAGCAGAUAAUGCGGCCGCGUGACGUGGCGGUCUUCGCCGAUGACAUCAGCGGCGUGGUGACGGACCUGGUGGCGAGGGUCCGUGCGCUGCGCGGCCGGCAGCCCGACGGCCUCACCGUGCUCAACGUCAACGACCUCUUCUUCAAAUACGCCAUGGAGGGCAUUUCCGUGGUGCUGUACGAGCAGCGACUGGGCUGUCUGGAGGAGCGGAUACCCCAGCUGAGCCUGGAGUACAUUGCUGCCUUGCACCUCAUGUUCAGCUCCUUCAAGACUUCCAUGUAUGCUGGAGCCAUUCCCAAAUGGCUGCGGCCACUCAUCCCCAAGCCCUGGGAAGAGUUCUGCCACUCCUGGGACGGCCUCUUCAAAUUCAGUAAGGUCCACGUGGACAGGAGGUUGUCAGAGAUUCAGGGUCAGCUGGCAGCUGGACAGGAGGUAAAGGGCGGGCUUCUGACCUGCCUUUUGGUAACCAAGGAGCUGACUUUGGAGGAGAUCUACGCCAACAUGACUGAGAUGCUCCUGGCUGGAGUGGAUACGACUUCGUUCACUCUAUCCUGGAGCACCUACCUGCUGGCUCUCCACCCCCAGGUGCAGCAGCAGAUCUACGAAGAGGUGGUGAGCACGCUGGGGCCUGACAAAGUGCCCGUCUCUGAGGACCUCCCCCAACUGCCCCUCAUCCGAGGGCUGGUGAAGGAAACACUCAGGCUGUUCCCCGUGCUGCCAGGAAACGGUCGCAUCACCCAGAAGAACCUCGCAGUCGGGGGCUACCUCAUCCCUGCAGGGACUCAGCUGGCACUGUGCCACUACACCACGUCGCUGGAUGAGGGCAGCUUUCCCAACGCCGCGCAGUUCCUGCCGCAGCGUUGGGUGAGGAAGGACGCCACGGACCGGGUGGACAACUUCGGCUCCAUUCCUUUCGGCUACGGGAUCCGCAGCUGCGUCGGUCGCCGAAUCGCCGAGCUGGAGAUGCACCUGGCCCUCACACAGCUGAUCCAGAAGUUCCAUAUCCAGGUGUCGCCACUCACCGAGGAGGUCCGUGCCAAAACCCACGGGCUGCUCACCCCCGGAGCCCCCAUCAACGUCAGGUUUGUGGACCGGCAGUAGAGCCCGCUCUACUCAACCACAACAGAAAGUGCUGUUCCAUCCACCCCCGAUACCCCUCACUGUGGGUCAGGGGUAUCACUUUCACCCCUCACAGUGGGACAGGGUAUCAGCCUCACCUAUGUAUGGAGGCUGCACUGCAUCCUCCUCCUCAGUCAUCUUCCCUGCGGACUGCCUGGCCUCAAGCGACCACCCCCCACCCCACGACUCUACACCUGGGCAGCAGCAGCAGCAGCGUGGCAGCUUAAAGCAGACGGGGGUCAGGGCAGAAAACAUGGCUGUGUCCGAUAAUGAUGACCCUGAACCAACUCAGCACCUCUGUCUUCUUUCUCUUCAUUUCAUCUUCACAAAAAGAUUUUGGUUAGAAGGAGAGAAACUCAGACACAGUUAAAUGAGGACGCUCAGGUGCUGGCUGACAUGCUAGUUCAUGACGAAAGACAAGAUCUGCCUCCUCUGACACUGCCCCACAAAGAGGAGCUUUUGGAUCUGUCAAGGUAACAUCCUGUCUGAUAAAUUUAGCACUGAUAACUCAGUUUUGUAGAUACUAUAUAUUGCAGAUACUUUUCAUAGGCCUAUUUUAAUUAUCAGGAUCACUGGUGACAUGUCCUUAAGAGGAUGUACUGUAGAGUAAUUGACUACACCAUAAAUUCCAAAGAUAUUAGGACAUAGAGUGUUCCAUCUUCUUUUUUACAAGAUUAAAAUACGGAUAUUUGUAUUAAAUUUGUGUUUCCUAAAUUUCAUAAUACAUUUUUAUGAAUUAGCAAUGAGUAUCAAAUAUGUUAAGCUCUUAUAAGUUCAGUUGUCUUUCCAAACACAUGGGCAUAGACAUACAAAGAACUCACAAAUAAAUGUGUUUUGUUUCAUUUAGAUUUAUUUGUAAUUUCAUAAUUUCUGUUUUGAUCUUUGGUAGAUAUAGAUCCAUUAUAAUUGGCAUGUUAGAUACAGGAUUUAUUUAACAUUUAUUUAAGCCUUCGACGCUGCUCAGAUGUGGGAGAAACCAGAUAAUGAAAGACAUUAAGAAAAAUGUAUCCGUUUAAAGCUCUUCAGAAUGUAGCUACUUAAUGGUGGAGAGUAGGCCUAAGUCUGAAAGUGUGUGUAUGUAAUUGGGAAGGAAAUGCAAACAAAUGCAGAAAAGGCUUUAGCAUGUUGUCUGAAGGAAACUUAGAAUCUAAUUAACUGUGUCUAAUUUAAUUAAUGUCAUUAAAGAUGAUGACUCCUAGGACUAACCAUGUAUGUUUUACUGAAUGGAAGGGGAUCUAAAUGUGUAUAUGAGAUUAAAGUUCAUUGUAGGAACUGUGA